AUAAAUAAUAAUUGCUCCACAUGGAGCCACGUUUCCACUUACAUAUAUUGUAUACUUAUCUUUUUCUUGGAUAAAAAAGAGCACAUUGUGAUUAUUCGAACUUAUAUUUAUAUAUAUAAUUAGUUGUGUGUGUUGAGCAUUGUAUGUGUGUGCGCUUGUCGUAAGAGAUCGAUCAUUAUGGGAUCAAUGGCUCAGAAGUCGGUUUUGAUGUUAUGCGGAGAGUUCAUGGAAGCAUAUGAGACCAUAGUACCUCUCUACUUCCUCCAAGCUUUUAGCGUUAGCGUCCACUGCGUUUCUCCUGGUCGCAGAACUGGCGACAAGUGUGUCAUGGCGGCUCACGAUCUCCUCGGCCUCGAGAUAUACUCCGAGUUGGUGGUCGAUCAUCUAACACUAAACGCAAACUUCGAUGAAGUCAUCCCAGAGCAAUACGAUGCCAUCAUCAUUCCCGGUGGACGUUUCACGGAACUUUUGAGCACUGACGAGAAAUGCGUCAGCAUGGUGGUUCGAUUCGCUGAGCUUGAGAAAAUUAUUCUCACGAGCUGCCACAGCCAGCUGCUUUUGGCGGCGGCGGGUCUACUCGCCCGUGGAAUGAAGUGCACGGCGUUUGAAAGCAUGAAGCCUUUUAUCGAGCUCUCAGGCGGUGCGUGGUGGCAACAGCCAGGUGUCCAAACCGUUUUCGACAUUACUGAUUGUGUCAUGGACGGAAAUUUUAUUUCCACUUUGGGGUGGCCAACGCUUGGAAACACUCUCAAGGUUCUGUUAGAAUCACUUGGCUCCAAGAUUACUUGCUCCAAGGAGAAGCAGUCUUCUUUGCUAUUCUUGAUUGGGGAUUGUGUUGAAGAUUACAGUGUCAACGUACCAUUUAAAGCGUUUCAAGCUCUCGGAUGUAAAGUGGACGCAGUGUCACCAAACAAGAAAAAAGGUGAUAAAUGUGCAACCAUCGUUCACGACCUCGAGGACGGAAGGCAACUUCCAACCGAGAAGUCCAGCCACAACUUCUAUGUGACGGUCGCCUGGGAAGAUGUCUCUGUGGAUGAUUAUGACUGCAUUGUGGUUCCCGGAGGAAGGUCGCCGGAGCUCUUGGUGAUGAACGACAAAGCCGUCGGAUUAGUCAAGAAGUUUGUCGAGAAGGGCAAGUUUGUUGCUGCCAUUGGAAUGGGAAACUGGCUACUUGCCGCUACUGGCGCUCUUAAGAAUAAGAGAUGUGCAAGUGGUUAUGGGACAAAGGUGGCUGUGAAGGUUGCUGGUGGUCAGAUCGUGGAAUCAGAGAGGUGCGUGACAGAUGACAAGCUGGUCACAGCAGCAACAACUUCUGAUCUGUCUGCCUUUGUGUAUGCAUUGUCAACUGCACUUGGUCUCUCUGUUGUAUUCUAAUGUAUGCCUAGAAUCUCAUUUCAACAUGAUGUUAAACGAAUUCAGUGGCAAACAAAUAAUAAAUGUAUAUUUCGAAAUAA